CAUUGGGUCCACAGGAGGCGCCAGGAUGGGAAGUGUCGGCAGUGCGGGAAGGGUUUCCAGCAGAAGUUUGCCUUUCAUAGCAAAGAGAUUGUGGCCAUCAGCUGUUCGUGGUGUAAACAGGCAUAUCACAACAAGGUGUCAUGCUUCAUGCUGCAGCAGAUCGAGGAGCCCUGCUCCCUGGGUGCUCAUGCCUCUGUCAUCGUACCCCCUACCUGGAUCAUCCGGCUCCGCAGACCUCAGACCUCACUAAAGUCGAGUAAAAAGAAAAAACGGACCUCGUUUAAGCGCAAGUCCAGCAAAAAGGGAGAGGUGAGUUUGAAUUGUUACAUCAUCCAUCACAAAUGGCCUUUCCUACCGUUUUGUAUUGUGAAGAGACGUACGUAACUAAAACAUCCUUUGUUGAUU